AUGUCUCUUCCUGAUCUGAACGUCACUCAACAGGCGCAAGUCCUAGAGGUGCUCUUCAAGUCCACUGCGUCGUCCGCUGCACCGCCCUUCAUAUUUGAAAGCUUCAUGCUGGGUUCAAUCUGCACAUACAUACCGCUAGGACUAUACACACUGUGGAUCAAGUCGACCUUCAAAACCCGGGUUCCAUAUAUGUUGAUGCUUUGUGUUGCUCUAUCGGCCGCAAUUGUACAUUGGACAUUGUCACUACGACAGCUUGAAACGACGUUCACCGGAAGUCCAUUGGAGAUUUCGUUAACUCUUGAGGACCUUGAGACGGACGUCGCCAACGAGCCAUCAUACAAUUUUGGCGAUAGGGAGAUCAGUGGCAGAUACGCCUUGUAUCAAAUAGUCUGGGGUUAUCUCCUCCCGCUCGUGGUCGAAACGACUCUUUUCGGCUUUGCUUCAGGGUUGUAUGCCAUAACAGCAUACGUCAACUUCUGGCAAUACCGCUCAGAGCGACAAUCGCGCACCUCCCUGCUCAUACCUGGCUUAGCAUCGCUGAUGUAUGCUAUGUCGCUCACCCAUUGGGCGAUCUUCCUUCAAUGCUACACACUACAGUCCCAUGGAGUGGCUGCGAUUGUGGACGGUGAACUCCCCACCAACGACGUUUAUACGCUAGGCGUGGCUCUCCUGGCCUUGCUUUCAUUCAAUACGGUCAUCAGUGAUUCCAUUGUGCUUUGGCGCAUGUGUGUCGUGUGGGACAGAGCACGUCCCAUGCUCGUCAUGAGCGCGAUAUUGCUCGUAACAACACUGGGCCUCAACAUCGCCAAUAUAGUCGGAGAAGCUCAUGGCAGUGUGGGCGGGGCCAUCAUUUACAACUACGCGGAUACGGAGUUGGUCCCGACGUAUGGCCAAUCAUUCAUCGGACUCGCCACGGUGUUCAUCUCCAUGGCAAGCAAUCUAUUCGCAACCACUCUCGUAGGAAUCAAGUUCUGGUUGCAUAGAACUCGGGUGUCGAAAUACCUGCGCUCGAGUUAUAAUGGACGCACGCUAGUAGAGCGUUUACUGGAGCUUCUCCUGGAGUCUGGGGUUGUUUACUCGGUCAUAUGGACUCUGUACUGUAUCGGCUUUUUCAGGAAGAUCACCUCGCAAACCAUCGUGGGUCCAGCUACGGACGAUCCUCGAACUGCAAUCACCGCGGUAACAUACCUCGACGCAGCUAUGGCUCAGAUUACGUCCAUCUACCCCCUUAUCGUCUUCAUACUCGUCGCUAUUGACAAGCUACAUCACAAGCGCGCGCUCGAAGUCCAACAUAACGUCAACGGGCCCAAGGAACGGCGCCCUCCUGUUUCGUUGACACCUGGUAUCGACGUUGAGCGCGGUCUGGUGCUUAGCCCGAAUGCCUCGUACCCGACAGCCGUACCCGUUAGUUAUGUCAACGACGGCCCUUCAGUAUCAGACCGCACAGAUUCCCGUCCUACCCCUUGGAUAGGCACAAGCGGAAAGCAGUCGGCGGAGUCAUUGCAGACCGCAUAUUCUGAGCCGUAG